UCAUGUUAUACUUGCAUAUGCAGAGUGAAUAAGUGACAGAAUAUAAUGACCAAUUCUGUCUGCAAUAUGAAUAUGUGCUAGGCAUGUUAAGAUGCAUCUAGUUUCUCCAACAUCCAACUGUACCACGUGCCAGCUCUUUUUCAAAUAAUUGACUUAUAUUUCUCCUCCACCACUUGAAAAAUUAAGAUUCUCCUCCAAAAUUAAUAAAACGAAUGUAAAACCACUUGUGUUUUAUCCUUUCCUCUGUAACAUUUACUUACGAAUUGGACAAGACAAAAAUGCUCUUUGAAGAUCUAACUACAGUCAUUUCAUGUUUUAAGGGCUAUUACAGUCAAUUCACCAUUACCCCUUUUGCCUAUUUACAGUCAAAUUCCAUCUGGCAGCCUACAUUUAUAUACUCCUACUAUAUCAUCUUCUUAUUAGAUUUGUCUGAAACUCAAGAUUUGAGAGAGGAAAAAGCAUGGCCUCUCCAAAAUCAAAUCUUUUUUGCACCCUCAUUGUGCUCUUCCUCUCAAUCCAAUCCAAAGUACUUUGCAGCAUUUACCAAGUUGGAGGCUUAGCUGCUUGGAGCAUUCCCUCUUCCUCCAACCCCAAACUCUACAUCAACUGGGCCACCAAGUACCAUGGACUCAAGAUUGGAGACUCUAUCUUUUUCUUGUACCCACCAAGCCAAGAUUCGGUGAUCCAAGUGACAAAGGCUUCAUACGAGAGCUGCAACCUCAAAGAUCCGAUCUUGUACAUGAAUAAUGGCAACUCCCUUUUCAACAUUACCAGAGCCGGAAAUUUCUACUUCACGAGCGGCGCCGAUGGCCACUGUGCUAAAUCUCAGAAGCUUCAUAUAUUUGUUUCUGGGAAUGGAUCCUUUGUGGAGGACGAUGAGCCGGCUUCCGGUCCGGCCGCUUCGGCGCCCGCCUAUCCAACGGUUUUCGGCGCCAUUCCGGUCCAAGGCGCUUCGGCCGCCGCCCCGUUGCUUCAGAUUCCGGCUUUGAUGAUGGCUGCCGUUUUGUUGCCUGCUGUCAUUGCGCUUAUUAUGUAGAGAGGAUAUAAUUUUACUAGUUUACAGUACUGAUUUUUCUGUUUAUUAUGUUUAUAAUUCAAUUUUUGGUGAUGUAAUUUGAUUCUGUUUUUACUCUGUAUGAAACGGAUCGAUUCUUUCAAAAGGGUUGAGCUUGAGAGAGUUGUCGGCACACGACUUUGUUUUGUGUGUAUAUUUUAAACUUUAUUGGAUAAAUGAAAAGGAUACAUUUUUUACUAUUA